CAAUAACAAAGGGCUGUCACAGUCGGGGUGACUGCUUCAAUCCGGAAUGAAUGGGGAUUUCUUUUUCCAAUUUACGACGGACUGGAAGAAGAUGCAGAGAAGGCAUAGUAGUAAUGCGGAUAACAUUCCACCAGAGAGAUCAAGGAGUCAGACAGUUGGUUCAGAGAACAGUGUGGAUGAGAAUGGUGUUUUUGAAGGGCUAAAACCUGAAAGCCCAUCCCCUCAGCAAAUGUUUUCUGGUUUGACAAGUCUGCAGUCAGGCCCAAUCAAUGCCGCUUCAUUCCAGUCCGGCCUAGUUUUGGGGUCUUCGCUCAGUGCCUCAGUUGGAACUGGAGAUGUCUUUAUUCAGAUGACCCCACAGGAAGAGGGAGGCAUUCGCACAGAGAACAUGCAGAACCAUCACCGCCAUCGGCACCAUCACUAUCACCACGGCCACCAUCGUUCAUCCUUGUUGCAUGUUUCUGGUGAUCGCCAUGGAAAUAUGGAAGAUGGCAGUGAUGACCCUGGAACUCCUGCCCCGGCGCUCUCAGAGCUCAAGGCUGCAAUUGCCUGGCUUCAAAAGGGCCUUCCCUUUAUCUUGAUAUUACUGGCAAAAGUUUGCUUUCAACAUAAACUUGGAAUUGCUGUGUGCAUUGGAAUGGCUAGUACUUUUGCUUAUGCAAAUUUAACAGUUAAACACCAAGUUUCAUUAAGAGAAAAAAGAUCAGUACUUACAAACCUAUGGAUAUUGGUUUUCCUCACAGGAAACACAUUGUUUUUGUAUUAUACCUUCAGUGCCCAAGAGCUUUAUAAGAGUUUGAUAUUUCUGAAGACUAGUGUGGAAAGCAUGGAUUUUUUUGAUUUGCUUUGGAUUGCAGGAAUCACAGACUUUGUCCUGAAGUACAUCACAAUUGGUUUCAAGUGUUUGAUCCUCAUUCUGCCCAGAAUUAUCUUAGCUUUCAAGUCGAGGGGAUCUCUUUACCUUCUAAUAGAGGAAGUGAGCCAGUUGUUGAGGUCCUUGAUUCCUAUUCAACUAUGGUACAAAUGCAUCAUGGAAGGACAGUCAUCUAAUAGUUAUCUAUUGGAGGGCAUACUCAUUGUUCUGUAUAGUCUGUGCAAGUUCUUGGAUGUCUGUGGUCGAAUAGGUGGUUUGCGAAAGGCUUUGAAGAUCUUGUGUAAAUCACAGAGCUGUGGUGUGCGAGCUACUAGCCAGCAGUGCAGUGAAGCUGGAGAUGUCUGUCCGAUCUGUCAGGCGGAGUUUCGAGAACCUGUGAUGCUGAUUUGCCAGCACGUCUUCUGUGACGAAUGCGCCUGCCUGUGGUUCGACCGAGAGAGGAGCUGUCCAUUGUGCCGAACCUCCGUCACCGAAACCGUACGCUGUUGGAAGGACGGGACCACUUCAGCGCACUUCCAAGUGUAUUGAAUUCCGAGUGAGAUCGAUCGUCGGCGCUCGAUUCUCACUGCCGAGAGUUCUUAAACCUUUGGCAGCUCCAGAGAUAUGCGUGAAUUUGGCUGCGCAAUAGCUGAGAUCGAGUUUGGUUUGAAGAAAUUGCUAUGUCUUCAAGUAAAUGUCUAAAAGUCUCGUGUUAAUAGCUAUUCCACUGCUUCUAUGUUUAAAACAAUGGGUAUUUCUUAGUGCAUUUGAAUAUUAAUCUUGCCGUUACUUCGUUAAGUAUUUCAGGCGGCUAUUUUUGAUGCCUGUGGUUUGUGAGAAGUAACCUUCAUUGCGUAUUUGCGUACAAGCAAAUCACAUUUACGGUCAUUUAAAAGAUCCCAAAGCGCUUUGCUGGUUAUGAAAACAUUUAUUUUAAAGUUCAAGUGUACCAUUCUAUGAAACUGCAGCUUCAAAACAUGACUAACAUUGUUAAAUUGUACAUACAGUAAGAGUCUAGAACAACUUUCUUUUUUUAAAAAAAAACUUGUACACACAGUUGCAUGCAGUAGAAUCAACGACUCUAUUCAACUGGUAUAAAAUUGUUGUAACAAAAUGUUGCACUCCACAUUUCAAAACAUGCAUAUGUUUUUAAAAAAUUGCUCUGAUGUUUUCAUAAAUGUAAGCGGUGCAAUAAUUUUCGGUCCCACUCCUCCGCAUUCCAGUAGUUUGAUCGGCCCAAGUUUGGGGCUGAGUUUCACUCCAGAGCAACGCCCCGACCUUUAUUGCGUCGAUUGAAUGACUGACAGUCCACCUGCCACCUGCAAAAUAACAGAAACCUUUCAUUUCGGGGUAUUUACAGUAUUGAAUAAAAGUAUUCUAUCUCAAGAUUUAUGUUUUAUGAAAAGUUUUGUUCUAUAACUAUCAUGGCCUUGAUAUUAUGCAACAUGGCUUCAGGGAAGCUCACGAAACUAACUCUCGAGCGCAUCUUAUU